GGCACCGGGGCGGCCGCCGCCUCUUCCCAUGGACCUGUCCGGGGGCCAGCCCUCGCCGCCGCUUGGAUGCUGAUGUGAGGCAGCCCAGGGGGGUGUCCUGAGCUCCCUCGCUGCCUCCCCCCUCGCCCCAGCCCCAGCCCCCCCAGAUGCAUUCGCUGCUGGAUCGCAAGAAGACAGCAGGCGGCUGCGUGGAUGCUGGGCUGGAGCUGCCGGCUGCAGGUUCCCUUCCCCAGCCUCAGAGGAUGUUCAGCUGCGUGGGCUGCUUCUGGGUCCUCCUAUCCUCCUGCCUGGUGGCCGUUUGCAGCUUCAGCUUCCUCUCCCCUGCCUGGAUCGUGAAGGAGCAUCGCCUCCAAGCCCACGGCGGGGUCAGCUUCGGCUUGCUGUGGCACUGCUCCGAGACGCUGGAGCAGAUGUACAGCUGCUACACCUUCGGGGGCCUGGGCAAGUUCCACGAGAUCCCCUCCAGCGCCUGGCAGACGAGUGCAGUGCUGUGUUCUGGAGGCUGUGGUCUCUUGGCCAUCAGCUGCCUGCUGGCGAUCAUCGCUAUAUUCCUGCCCAGCGGGCUCUGUGAGAGACGAGUGUGCACCCUAGCUGGCUACAUGCAGACAGCAGCGGUAUUCAUCAUGGCAUCUGGACUUUUGGUUUAUCCUUUCGGCCUCAGCUCUGCUACAGUGAAGAAAUUCUGUGAGAAUUCAAGCAUAUACAAUGCAGGAGACUGUCAGAUUGGAUGGGGGUACAUGUUGGCAAUUGUUGGAGUCAUGUUAUCUGUCUUUUUACCAUUCUUUGCAAAAUAUGCACCAAAAGAGUACAUAUCUCCAACUCCAAUACCUACUAUUUUAUAGUAUUUUAUUAGUAUUUAACAGCAAAACAUUCCUGUUAAUCAAUGGGCAGAAAGUAUUAUAGCACUUCCUUUUAGCUGUAUGGCUAAAAAAAAAAAAAAAAAAAAAGAGAGAGAGAGAGAGGGAGAUAGAGGGUCAGAAUCACAGAGACCAAAAGUGCACUGAUAGUCUUCCGUAAGCAUGAGAAGCUAACACUCUGGAAUUGAAAUAAGACUAAUUAGCAGCCUUUAUGCUGCUCUAAACUUAUAAUGGCUUAAUGCCUUAGUCAAAAAAUCUGUUUAUCCUCAAAACAUCUGUCUACCUCCCAAACAGUUUCUUUUAUGUCUCAAAACAGUAAAUCUGUUAAAAGCCUCAAUUCUCUUUUAUAUGUUAUUAAAUGUCACAACUUUUAUGAACCCAAUAAUUUUAAAUCUGAUAAUGAUAUUUUGUUAUAGUUACUAUGAGUGGGAAAAAGCCUGCUAGUAACCAGAGCCUAAAAUGAAGCUUACCUAUGAAAAAAGAUGUAUGCAAGAAAAAGUGCUUUUGUUUGUUUGUUUUUAAUCAAUGCAUGUUAGGAGUGUGCCUGAAUAUUGUACUUUGUAGGCACAUGUUUUAGUACUGGUCUAACAAUUGGGAAGUAUAGCCUCCACCGUGAUUGCUAUACAUUUUACAUAACUUUUUGCUAAAGAGAUCUAACCUUUUCAAAAGGCCCAAUACUAAAAUAGCUUAAAAAGGAGAAAAGUAUAUUAAGAGGAGAAGUGCAUUUGUUUUACCAUACUUCUUAGAUUAUGAUUUUGCAUGGAAUUGUAUAUAAUUAUGUAUAGUUUUGGGGGUUUUAUAAGCCUGUAAGGUAAAGACUGUGAGUAUGUGUGGCAGACUUUGACUCAAUAUCAUCCAAUGUAAUGAUGACUAGAAAAAUGUCACAUUUUUUGUGUGAAAUUUAUGAAGUCUAGUUCCAGCAAUGGCAUUUUUGGUUUCAUUACCACCAAGGACUCAAACAAAUGCACCACAUGCCUUAAACAAAAGAAUGAUUGGGUUCUAAUAUUACUCCAUUGCCAUAUUUCUCCUUCAAAAUUACAGUAAAAUUCCUAUCCAGUACUUAGGUCAUGAGGAUGUUAUUUAUUUUUAAUAUUUACUAGUAAAGAACUGAACCUCUUGAUUAUAUUUUAAUACUGAACCUUACUUUUCUGCUUUUUAGUUUGUCCUGUGAACCAACUGAUCAAAUCUAUCAUCUUUGUUAGUUGUAUGCAGUGUUGUUGUAGCCAUUUGGUCCCAGGAUAUUAAAGACAAGGUGGGUGAGGUAAUACCUUUU